AUGCAGGAAUCCCCAGAGCCAAGACAUGAAUUUUCGGUGAGUCAACGAGUACAUGCAUUUGGUGAUCCUCGUCGAGUCGGUACAGUUAAGUAUGUGGGACCUGUAGAAGGUUAUUCUGACACUUGGGUUGGAGUUGACUGGGACAACGGAGAAGGCAAACAUGAUGGAUCCAUCAAUGGUGUCCGCUACUUCUGUACUAAGUCAGAAAGAUCAGGGUCAUUUGUUCGUGCCCACAAUCUGAACCAAGGGAUUUCAUUGCUGGAAGCUCUUGAUCGUAGAUAUAAAAGUGACUCUACAAAAGAUGAAGAGGAUGAAAUGUAUGUUCUUUCAACAAGCAACCAGCGAGUAUCUGUUCAACUUUUGGGUAAAGAUAAGAUUCAAGAUAAGCUAAGAAGAUUUGAGGAAUUAACCACAGCAUCAUUGUCAUAUAUGGGCAUUAGUUCCCCUGGAAUCCCUUCUCACAUUAAUAACACAGUGCCAAAUAUAGAAGAACUUGACCUGACUGGGAACCUUCUUUCGGAGUGGAAGGAUGUUGGCACAAUUUGUGAGCAGUUGUCUGCUCUGAGAACAUUAAAUUUAUCUAACAAUUUAAUGUCACCAUAUAAAUCGGAGCUUCCAAUACUGAAAAGCAUCCAAGUUCUGGUUCUAAAUAAUACUGGUGUAGAUUGGGAGCAGGUUGAGCUGCUUAGACAAUCAUUAACAACAAUUGAAGAGCUACAUAUAAUGGGAAACAAUAUAAGCAGAAUACUGCCUGGGUCAUCCUCUAUGGUUCAGGGAUUUGAUUAUCUGCGGCUAUUGAAUUUGGAAGACAACUGUAUAGAUGAAUGGGAUGAAAUCAUGAAGCUUUCUCAUCUAAGAUGUUUGGAGAAGCUUUAUUUAAACAAGAAUUGCUUGAAUACUCUCUUUUAUCCUGAUAAUGAUGGGCAGUAUGAAUCCGAAGAUGUCAGGCUUUCUGAGAACCCAAUUACUGAUUCUAGAAAAGGUGGGGUUUCAAGAUUUGUUUUGAUUGCUCGUUUAGCAAAACUUCAGAUAUUAAAUGGAAGUGAGGUUACUCCUCGUGAAAGGAAGGACUCUGAGAUUAGGUAUGUUCGGUUCGUGAUCUCUAGGUUGCAUACUAGUCCUGAAGAAAUCAAACAGCAUCCCAGGUUGUACGAGCUCAAGAAGAUUCAUGGAAUUGAGGAUGAAAGACCUUCAAUUGGAGCUACUGCCCCUCAAACAAUCAGCUCAGGAUUAUUGUGUAUGGACUACGGAUCUAUCACUUUGAAUUGUGUUGGAGCAUCCAUGGGUGAGAAGCCACCAUUGACAAAGAAGCUGCCAGCAACAACUACAGUUAAACAUCGAUUUUACUCUAGUAAUGUUUAG